AUGAAGCCUGAUGUCCCUCCAUCCUACGAAAGUGCAGUCAGUCGCGAAGCGUGGACCAUUAUCGCUCCCUGGAUCCCUUCCAGUGACCUCUGUUCCGCAUGCCUCGUAUCGCAGAAAUGGUAUUCAAUCUUCGUCCCGUUUCUCUGGGGCGACCCAGCUUCACACUUUGGCAUCGCCAACGACGCCGUCUAUGUCGCCCUCACCCGAUUCAAAAGAACCCUACGAAAAGCGAGACUCAGCGUGAGAAGUCUCACUCAUACUCUACAUCUCCCUCCGGCCCUCAGUGAGAUCUAUGGCGGUCCUAAUCCGACAUGGUUGCGCGACGUCCUCGAAUUCCUACCCAAUUUACAGAGCCUCAUUGUCGCCAAGUUACCGUUCUUCGAUCACCACAGUUUGAAUGCCCUCAGGACAACGAGCUCUGGUAGGAAAUUAUCAAAUGAUGAAGAAAAUAUUCUACCUGCUUUCGGAUUGAAAUUGCUGUUGGCGUCGAGCGAGCCAAAUACCACAUCCUUUUCUCUGGCCAACGCGCUACCAAGAUUCCCGAAUCUGGUCUAUCUAGACCUGUCCUACACAUCACCUUCUCGCGAUGCUUCUGUUCUAGCAGCCCUGUCAUAUCUGCCCGACCUCCAAGUGCUGAAGUUGCGUGGUGUUGGCCUCAAGGAUGGCGAGGCAGAGGUGCUGGCCAACGCUAUUGGUAUUCGUGUCCGUCUGCUGGACCUCCGAGAUAACCUCUUAACCGAUAUGGCUGUGAGGUCAUUGAUGCAGGCGUGCUUCCUGCCUCCUGACGCCGUACAACUUAGUUCUCUGAAUGUGGAAGAUUGGCCAGUCGGCAUGGCUCCGGGCCCUGACUUUUUCAGUCUCGACACCCUGCGAAGUGAAGAACUCGAUCAUGAACUACUCAAACAACUCACCAAGCCUCUCACAGGGAGACUAGCAUUUGAGGAUAUUCCUCAUCGAGGGCUGACACACCUCCACAUCUCGGGAAAUCGCCUCUCCGUCGAAGGUUUAUCAAGCCUGCUCAAAUCUGAACGCUUGCAUAUUCUUGAUGGAGGAUCCGUCGAUGCCAUCAAAACGAUUGCGAGAACUCGUUCUCUGUCAUCCCCGACGGGAUACAUCGAUGAAGUUCGGUUUCCUGGUGCCGAAAAACUCAUUCCGGUUCUUGCUCGGUCAGCCAGCAAGAAUUUGACAUACCUACGGAUAGACCACACACUUAUUACGGCGAAGUUGGAGGGAAUCCAGGAUAUUCCCCAACCGAAAACAUCGGCCAUCGAACUUGUAGGAUCCCAGCCAAUCGCUGCAGAGCUACCAACAGCGGAGAGACAAGUCAUCGAAGCACCAGCUCCCGCCCACUACCCGGUGGAAAUGCCGGGCUCCAAUGAACCCAUCUUCGAACUGGACGCUACCCCCGCACAGCCUAGAGCUGAACUGGUUGGCGAUGCAAUCUACUUCUCCGUUAGCCCUCCAGUUGGAGAAAAGCCUCGAGAUUCAAGUCUCGUCGUGGAGAAGCAUAGCCCCGUCCGAGGAGAAGGACCCUUUGCUCCAGAGGUGGUGAACGGUGAUGAAUAUACUAAUGGUCAUGACAAUGAAGACUCUGAAGUUUCUGACGAGACAGGAACUCAUAGCACAACAAGAUCCUUAUUUUCACCUGUGUCGCCUAUGACACCUCAUCCCAAUACGAUGGCAUUCCAGCCCUUGGUCGCUCCACCCAAAGCAAAGGACAACCCUGCUCCCCUCCCUACACCGACGGCUACCUCUCCUCUUCCGCCGGCCUCUGCUCCAUCUAUUCCAAGGUCUGUCCCACGUCCUACACCUCAACCACGAGGAACACCGUCACCGAUUCCUGCUGCAACCCAACAUCGUCAUGCUCGUAUUGAAGCUCUUCUGUCAAAACGGCCUCCUGGAAUGGCGUCGAAGAUUACACAACCAGGUUCUUCCGUACCUAAAGCCACCAUCCCAGAUCUGAGCAGCCUUCAUCCUGCGCUACUUCCCAAUUUGCGAACCCUGAUACUCACCAAUGUUCCAACAGCCGUGCCAAAAUCAUCAACACUUGUUGCAGCACUAAAGUCGUUCAUCUCUGCCUGCGCUGAUGAGUCCGCGCUAUCUCACCUUCUUGCAAGAACGGAUUAUUCUCUUCCACCUGGCCGAGCAAGACAUAUGGCAGAAUUGGAACAUGCACGCUCCCUCUUUGCACUCCGCACCAUUGUCCUUGAGAUGGAACAACCAGCGGGCCAACCUGCUAAUGGUCAACGUGGAUGGCAACAUUCUCGUCAACGGAUUAGUAUGAGUAAAUCUUCAACCGGUGAUCUUGACAGUGAGAACCUCUGGUCGGCGGCUGAGAAUGAUUUCAGCUUCUUUGGUGAGGAAGGAGAAGAACAUGCAGAAUGCGGCAUCUAUCAGCAUGACCCGGAGAAAUAUUUUCCUACGGCUCACUUCGACGACAAGAUCUUGUUGAUUCCCGACGAUAAUCCUCCGGAAAGCGGAUCGAGCAGUCCACAUGGCAGUUUUCAUGGUCAAAGCACGCUUUCGCCUUUCUCCAUGAACUAUGGUGGCUCAAGUGGGGUACUGCGCAGCCCCCGGAAUUUACCUCUGGGUCGAAAUCGGAGGAGCUCAAACGAAGCGCAGCGAAAUGGGGAUCCAAGAAGCUUUCUCAAUGAACUUCAUGGUGGCCAGACUUCGCCGAAAUUGACGAACUCGAGAUCAUCCUAUCAAAGCCAACCUCAGGUGCCGACGCCAACUUCCAAUCCCGUGGAAAAGGAGGAAGAAGAACCAAAGAUCGACGUGGUGGCUGAGCUUGCUGCUUGGAGAAAAGAGCGGAAGAAGGCUUACGAAGACGAAUUAGCGCGAUAUAGAAUGAGCCGUGUGGGUAGCGGCAGAGCGAACAGCCUCCACAGUCAAAGUAAUGGACCCUCCGGCCAUGGACAUGGCUUUCUAUCGAGCCCAAGAGGUUAUGGGUACGGGUUUGACCACGGCGCUGGACUAGGUUCCAUUGGAUAUGCCCAUGCCAAUGGAACGACGGACACCAGGCCUCAAACUCCAGCAGGUUUGUCCGGUGAAGUGAAUGAUAUUGAUAUGAAAUUUAUCGAGGGACAUUGGAAAGGCGAGAUCAAAGUGAUCAGGAAUCCGACACCCAAGGGCAGAACAGGUGUUGUGGACAUGUAUGGAAAUUAUUUUGAGAAAGGCUAUUUGUAUCCCUAG